AGUUCUUUAAAUAGAUGUGAAAAUGGCGUACCAUUAAACAACUUUUGUUGGUGUCGAUGUACUGUUAAACAUCUGUGUAGACAAUUGUGUUCUUUUUUUAACGUUCAUCUUGUUUAAAAGUGUAAUUAGGUGGAAUAUAUUAUGUAAAGGAAGUUCUGCAGUGGAAUUUUUUAUAUUAAGAGUUUGCGCAUUGAAAUUCUCCAAAUUCUCGUUCCGUCCAUUAGUAAGGAUUAAAAGUGAAGUGAAUUCAUAAGUGUUGUAGCUGUAUUUUCAUUUGCAAUCUAAUAAAAAUAAAAUGGUAGAAAAUAGCCCAUCUCCAGUAUCCGAAAAUACCAAUUCCAAAAACGGAAAUUUCAUAUGUGGAGUGGUAGAGGGAUUCUAUGGCCGACCAUGGACAACAGAACAAAGAAAGGAUUUAUUUCAAAAAAUGAAAAAAUGGGGCAUGCAGUCAUAUGUUUAUGCUCCAAAAGAUGAUUAUAAACAUCGUGCUUAUUGGAGAGAAUUAUAUACAGUUGAAGAGGCUGAACACUUGACAGGUCUUAUUAAUGCAGCCAAGGAUAACAACAUUACCUUCUAUUAUGCUUUGUCCCCUGGUUUAGACAUCACUUACAGUAGUUCAAAAGAAAUUACAGCUUUGAAAAGGAAAUUAGAACAAGUGUCUCAAUUUGGUUGCAAUGCAUUUGCCCUUUUGUUUGAUGAUAUUGAACCUGAAAUGUCUGAAGCUGAUAAGGAAGUUUUUCAGUCAUUUGCCCAUGCUCAAGUGUCUGUGACAAAUGAUAUUUAUCAACAUUUAGGUCAACCUAAAUUUCUUCUAUGCCCUACUCAGUAUUGUGAAUCCAGAGCAAUGCCAAAUGUUGCAAAUUCUGAGUAUUUGAAUACUUUAGGAUCCAAACUGGCCCAAGAAAUAGACAUUAUGUGGACUGGACCAAAAGUAGUUUCACGUAUCCUAACUGUUGAAUCAAUUCAAGAAAUAACUGAUGUUCUAAGAAGACCUCCAGUUAUUUGGGACAAUCUUCAUGCAAAUGAUUAUGACCAAAAGAGAGUAUUUUUGGGUCCGUAUUCAGGUCGUUCUCCAGACUUAAUACCCAAACUGAAAGGUGUUUUGACAAACCCUAAUUGUGAAUAUGGUGCUAACUUUGUGGCCAUUCAUACAUUGGCUCAGUGGUCUAGAUGUAAUGUCAAUGGUCAAAGGGAUUUAUCAAUAAAUGACAGUGUAUCUGCAGAUAUCAAACUUGAGACUGAGACUGAAGAUGGAAUGACAGGAGAAGAUGUGCCAACUACAUUAUCACCAAAUAUGUAUCAUCCAAGACAAGCAUUGAAGAAUGCUAUAAAAGACUGGCUGCCUGAGUUUUCAAAACAUAAAAUGGCAUGGGGACCCAUAGCAAAGCCUCAACCGUCUGUAGCAAUUGUUCCUGUACCCAUUAUUCCUUCAAUAAAUACAUGCAUGAGUUUGACCAGCACUACAACCACAAGUUCUACAAAUGUUACUUCAACUACUGUUAAUACAAAUCAGUUACAAGCUUUGGCAGAAGUUUGCAGUACAGUCUCAUCAACAAGUGAAAGUUUAAUGAAUCCCACCCCAGGUCCAGUCAUGAAUUCACUUGUAUCUGAUACAAAAGUAAUUUGUGACGAUGGCAUACCAAACCCCAUUGCACCAGUAGCUGUAGCUGUUAUCCCAGCAGAUUCUAAAGACAUUCCUGUGUUAAAUGGAACCCAUUUAAAAAUAGAUAAGAAUAAUUUGACCAGUAAUGGCACAUGUAAGCCUGAUGAAGAUUUAUCUGAGAAACCUAUAAAUGGUAAAAUGGCUAAAGAUGAGAGUCAUAUGAGUACUGACUUGGUGAACGACAAUAGUAACGAAUCGAGUUUAACUCCAUCAGAACUUAUGGACUGUAAUAGUACUCCAAAUGUAUCUCCUAGUCAUGUCAAAAGCCCCAUGAACGAAGACGUGCCAAUGAGUGAAAAUACCUCUAUGUCAAGUGGUAGUAUGCAAGUUGAAUCAACUGAAACCAGUACUAACAUGAAUGUGGAACAAAAUGACAAUGAAUCGGACCAAUCUAGGAAUUUUAGGAAAGAAAACGAAUUAACAAUAGAAGACUUAUCACUUCUCUGUGAUCUAUUUUAUUUGCCCUUUGAGCAUGGGGGACAAGGACUGCAAUUAUUGCAAGAAUUCAAUUGGCUCAAAUCAAACGCGCAUCUUGUUAUUGUUGCAAACCAAACUAAGGAUAAAUCCAGACCUGAGGUGCAAGAAUGGUUUUCGAGGGCGGAAAAAAUGAAUGAAAUGACACAAGCUGUAAACAAACUGUUCCAGCACAUGGCUGCAUGCAAUAAUAGAGAACUUUUGUAUGAUCUCUACUCUUAUAUCUGGGAUAUAAGAGGAGUUAUAUCGUUAUUAAAUUCGUAUAUUAGAUGGCUUGCUGGAGGCCAGUUUCCUGCAUCUAUGCCAUCCUACACCCAGGGGACAUACACAUGGUUUUCUAAGGGUUGGAAGGAGACCUUUAUGAGCGGCGAGCAGGAGCCUUGGGUAUUUCGCGGCGGUCUGACUGCGGACCUUCAGCGUUUAAUUCCGGUCGAUUCUGGAAACGACCUGUUCAUGUACAAGGCUCCAGAGGUACCUUCGUGUCAUGUGUACACCAUACGACCAUAUCUCCCCACCGACGAGGCACAAGUCUAUGAAGUGUGUAAGAGAACGUGCAAGGAUGGUUUAGAAGACUCUCAUCCUCAUCCUGAUAAAUAUGCUGACCUCUAUGCCGAUAGGAUUGUAGGUCCUUACGUGACGUUGCAUCCCGAAUUUUGUAUGGUUGUGGAGGAUGAAAAUAGUAUCGUGGGUUAUGCGUGCGCAGCUCCAGAUUAUAAGAAGUUCCGAAUCAAAAAGGAACUUGCCUGGAUACCGGAAAUGAAACUCAAAUAUCCACCGAAUGAAGUUGAAGAUAGCCUGUCUGAUGUGGCAAAGGAAUGUUUAAAUCACUUCAGAAAUUUCAACGAGGAACAAUAUAUCUCCAAUAGUACACAUCCAUCUAGUAUGGUUUGCAGUUUACUUCCAUCAGUAUUAGAUCAGUCUGUUAGUAAACGACUGGUCACCUGUUUGCUGGCAGCAUUAAGAGCAAACGGUUCUUUUGGGGUUCAUGCAGUUAUGAACGCCACCGACAGUUACACCCACGCGUUUUAUGGUAAAUUAGGUUUCGUUGAAAACAUUCAGGAACCUAUCGAAGGAAAAAUCAUUAUGGGUCGCACAUUUUAAAGUUUUAUAUAAUAGCUUUUUAUUUUAUUAUAGAUUCUUUUUAAUAUCGACUGACGACACUAAUCAAUUUACCGUAACGUUGUGAUUGUUAUUUCUUUUAAACCUUUUACAAACUCGUCGCGAAUUAAUUAUUUAUGUGUAAAUUUCAUAUCGUGAUACGUACUGUAUAAGGAGUAUAAUUAAUUAUUUACUGUAAUUAAUUAAUAGUGUGAUGUUAUUUAUGAUUACUGAAUGCUACAAAAUUUAUAUAUAAAAGAAUCGGUUAUUAAAAUAAAUAAAAGCCCUUUUUUCUCCACCUUGCA